AGUCGAGGACAGGAGAUCAGUAGCGUACGAACACGCAAGCAGUGAGGGUGGUAGCGCGUGGUAAUAUUGUGUCGGGUGAGGCGUACGAAAACAACAAGCACCCCUCCCCGGCGGACGGUGUAAAACGGGCUGCCAGCGGUGAGGCUGCAGAGCAGGCCGCUCGUCCAGCAUGCAACCACCACCGAGAAAAGGAAAUUACACGAAAUUUCUUAAGAAUGUACACGCAGAGCAAGCGGCAAAAUUACAAGCGAAAAACCAGCAUGAAUGCGACCUUCUGGAAGAUAUACGCAACUUUACAAUAAAAAAGUCUGCGAUUGAAAAAUCAUACUCGGAGGCACUUCUUAAAAUAUCCUCAGCAUAUUUGAAUAAAAAGAUACCAAACAUUCCGGAUUUGAAAGUGGAAGGUGGUGAAGAAAAAUGGAAUAUGUGGAACGUUUGGCGAACAGUCUUAGAAGAAAACGAAAAAUUGGCUAAAGCGCGACUAGCUGCUGUAGAAGUUUUUCAACAACAAAUUGCUGACGAUGCAAAGAGUUUAAAGAUGCAUAAACUACAAAUCUCUAAGAAGGCAAUCGACCAAUUAAUGAUAGUACAAAAAGAGUUACAAUUGUGUGUACAAGAUGUAGACAAAACAAAGAAAUUGUACUUCGAUGAAGAGCAUAGUGCCCAUGAUGUACGCGAUAAAGCAAAAGAUAUCGAAGAGAAACUAAAGAAAAAGAAGGGAUCCUUCUUUCAAUCGAUAACGUCAUUGCAGAAAAAUAGUGCAAAGGUGAGCUCGAAACGCGAUGCUUUAGAAGAGAAAUCAACAGGAGCUCGAAAUGAUUAUUUACUUAGCCUCGCCGCUGCCAAUGCACAUCAAAAUAGAUAUUUUGUGGUCGACUUACAAAGCACUAUGCAAUAUUUAGAGCAAGAUGUUUACGAUAAAGUUGCGGAAUAUUUAACGCUAAUGGGUCGUACAGAACUUUUGACCUGCUUAGCUACGCAAAAUAGUUAUGGCAAAAUUCGUGAUCAAGCGCAACAACUCACCAGAGAGUACAAUAUACAGUGCUGCUGUUUGUAUUAUCCUGUUUUAAAGCAACAUAUACAAUAUGAAUUUGAAGCUUGUGACAACGAUCCGAUAGAGAGGAUAACGGCUGAUCAUUCUGCUGCAGCUACACUUGGAAAAGAAGCUCGACGCUGGUCGACGAGAAUAGCUCGUGAAAUAGGCAGCGCUCGAGAAAAUAGUAGAAAAUUACAAGUUCUUCUACAACUAAAAGAGUCUGGACAAAAGACUGAUCCAAACGAUCCACAAGGUCCAGAUUUAGAUACGAAAAUCGAUGAACUGAAACAUAUGAUACGACGUGCAGAGACAGCAAAGCUAAAGGCAGAAGCAAGAAUAGAAUGCCUUCGAAAUGGUGGAGUAAAUGUUGAUGAAUGGCUACAGGAAGCAGAAACUUUGAGUGUCCAAGAUAUGCCACGUUCAGCUAGCUCUCUUUCUGUUAGAACUGAUGCAUCGGGAACGGCGGAACAUCCGUCCUCAGAUUCAUUUUAUGAUAGCGAUGGCGAUGGUGGAAGCGACUUGACGACUGUCGAACGACCGGGCAGUGCACGAAAUGCUUCUCAACAAGAAGAAGAAACAACUAAGGAAAGGCAAAGACAUGAUAGUGAAGAAGUUGAUGCUUUACUUGAGCAAGAGAAGCAACGAAUAGAACAACUUACUGUUGGUUGGGACGAUCCGACAACUGUAGAUUGGGAUAACGAGGAAAAGGAAGAACAAACUGAGAUUCGUGAAACAUCUGAAAUGCCUCCUACGCAGCAAAUAUACAAGUGUACCGCGCUUUAUUCGUAUACGGCGCAAAACCCUGACGAAUUAUCGAUUGUCGAAAGUGAGCAACUGGAAGUAGUUGGUGAGGGUGAUGGUGAUGGUUGGCUCCGAGCACGAAACUAUCGUGGCGAAGAAGGAUUUGUUCCCCAGAAUUAUCUCGAUGUUGAAAGGGAUACAACAUCCGGUCUAACUUCCCAAGGACCAGGUCUAGUACAACAAAUAUCCUUCUCCUCGGUAGAUUACACAAUCGAUGAUCAUGAUGCAGUAGAUCCAGAUGCUAAUCUACAAGCUAAUUUACCAGCAUCAGAAACCAUUGUACAAAAUCAUAUAGGAGAAGUAGAACAAUAUUGUAUUGCCCUUUAUGACUACGAUGCCACAUGCGAUGAAGAACUUAGUUUCCUUGAAGGCGAUAUUUUAAAGGUUUUAAGAAAAGAACCACACGAUGUCGAUGAUGGAUGGUGGGAAGGAGAAUUACGUGGACAACGAGGAUUAUUCCCAUCUUUGAUCGUAGAACCUUGUGCUGCAGACGGUUCACCUUUGACUCCACAGGAAAAUAUAACACCGCCGAGCUCUGCACCACCAGUGUUUACACCACCCGAAGUUCCAGAAUUUUUAUUAGAAAAUGAAAUAACACAAAGUAUGAUGAAAGAAUCACAAGAUGGAAUCUCUAGUAAUGCAAACGUUGAACAACAGCAUCGACAAGAGGGUUUCAUAAUAAAUCUUUCAAAGGACCAAAAAAGUCAAUAUGGCUCGCAGUUUGAAGGCGAUAAAUCCGAAGGGCCUGAUAUAGUAGUUGUAGAAAUAUCGGAUGAAUCGGGAACAAAGGUAGAUGAUGAGAAAACAAAGCAGCUGAACAUUGACCAGUCUAAAGACGAUUUCGGACUUGGGGUUGCGCAAAUUGUAAUUACUGCGGCAACACCAAUGGAAGAAAUUGAACAUCCAUUCCCGGAAUUAGAAGAAACCGCUGAUGACACAGUGAAAUCGACGGAAAGUUCUGAUGGUGAUUUACCUUCAAGCACUACUACCGAAGUAAAUGAAAGUGACUGCAAAGAAGCUACUGUAAUAAUGGAUGAAAGAGAAGAACAAGAAAUUACAGAAACGACCGAAGAUAUUGAAGAGAAAUCAACAGUUGAUGACUUACCAACUGAUUCAGCACCAUUUCCGAUUAGUAGCAGCUCUGGUAGUGAAGGGGACUCAACAUCCGGGCCAAGUACAGCAGAUAAUUCUCAAUCUAUACCAUCUCGUGGUACCGUAAUUGAAGUACAAGAAACAGAAGAUAUUGAGAUCGUGCCAGAAAAAAUGGUAAUAGGAGGAAGGGCAAGUAUUCCAGACGAAUUACAACCUGACCAACUAGAGAAGCUACAAAAUCUGAAAGAAUCGAAUGCCUAGGAAUGACUAGACCUCGGAGAUCCUGAUUAUCCUGCCUUAUCAAAUAAACUGGCUCUUCCGAAAAAUCAUCAAAAUAAAUUCCAGUAUUUACUGAAAUUUUGGAAAUCUCCAGAGGUUAUUGCAAAGAAAGACUAAUGAAUAACGGGACAACUAAACGAUUUUUAUGUUGAUAUUAUGUACACAACUUUUUUGCUAGAUGAUACUCUAGUGAACUAUUUAAAGAAAGAUGUUGCGACUUUUGCAACCUAUUUACAAGACAUUAAUGUACAGUCAUAAGGUAAUAAAGAAAAUUGUCGAUACCUAUAAUAGAUGAAAA